AUGAAUUGCAUGAUGCCCAAGGAAGGAACUGUUUUGGUGUUGCACCGCACCGUUGUCGAUCUUGGGCCCUUACGACUGCAGCAGCACGGAGCAACACAAGAGUCCGGGAUGGACGACGACGGUGCAGAGGCUGAUCAGGUUGAAGGAAGCACGCGUACAUGUUCAUUGGUCAUCUACGAUGACUUUCGUGAGCGCGGGCAUGGAUCGUACGGAGCGUCUGACUACGAAAGGUUGCUGUUCUACAAGAACAACAGCUGGUUAAUCAGGAGAUUCUGGGUUCGAGCCCCAGGCUGUGCUGAUCAGCAUUUGUGUAACACUUCGUCGAUGCUCGAAGCUCAAGCGAACCGGGCAACCUCGAGCCAUCUUCUUCACUCCAAGUCCAGACCGAACAAAAAGAAAAAGGGGGACUCGGAUCAAGCUUUCCUUUUUCCUGCCGCAGCCAAGCCGCAAGAUCAACACACCAAGGAGAGUCAUCCCUCGACGUUGAGUUCCGCAAAAGGCGGGCAGAGGGAAGAGCAAAAAGACAGCCUGCUUUGA